CAAGAUGCUUACCUAAAUUUCUCCGAUUACAUACCUAACGAAUAUAAUACACCAAUGGACGGCCGGCUCUAAGUCUUGUAGGCUCUACUUUAGAGCUUCAAAGACGCUCAGUUACUUUGAAGUUCGCAAAUUAAAGGGUUAGACGAACCAUGGCUGAAUCGUCACCGCUAAAAGCUACCCCCAAACGUAAGCGCGACGAUGUGCUCAACGAGCAACGCGUUUUCAACUCUUCUCCAAAUACUUAUAGUCUGCCUAAGACCACCUUCUCUUUUCAAGCUCCGACCCUGAAACCAGUGGAGAUUCCUCGAAACGAUGCCCCUGAAGAUGGUAACAGUAGUCCUCGAAGUAAGGUUGCUCAGAAGUUCCAAGAACUGGCCCUUGGAAGUGGGGGCGGGGUAAUUGAUAACGACAGGGUCGAUGGCAAUGAUUUUAUGGGAACGAGAACGGGAACGGGAUUAGAUGAGGCUAGUCCCCAAUUUGCAAUUGAUAGCCCGAGGUUUUCGCCAGAGCUCACCGUCUUCGAUUUUGAUGGAGGUAUCAGAAGUAGCACGUCUAUCGAAGACAUGCAGAUUGACGAUGACGAUACUGCAUCGCGUAAGCGUGUCAAGUUGCCUGACCUCACCGAACUCCGAAAUUCUCCUGAGGUAGGGUUGGGGGGAGAAGUAGACGUGGCGAAUCCCGACUUUCCCCAGCCUACCCAGUCCCCUCGAUUCACUUUACAGACAGCCGUGGACCCUGCUAUUUUGAGGACAGCAAAGACAGAAGGUUCAGGCCGCUUGCAGAAGUCGUAUCCGUCCAUCAACCGAUUAUCGGAAUCUAAGUCGCGUAUUCGAAAACGAUCGGGCACCCCUCCCUUAGCAAAGCGUAAGACGACAGAAGCCUUGGCCGAGGAGGAUCCUAUCAUCAUUGAUCCCGUUCGUGCCGCGCUUACGUGGCACGAGGAUGAAAUUACUAUAUAUGACCCCGAGGAUAAAGACGACGACGGUACUGGUAUCAAUGGUAUCGGCUUCAGACCAACUCCUGCUUUGGCAUACGCGCGGGCGCAGAAACGAAGACAGCAGCUGGCCGACUAUAGAAAACGCGAGGAGAGCGAAGCUAGAGCGAAGAGAAGUCAACGUCGUCGACAACGGAUUGGCACUGUCGCAGAAUUGGAGAGGAAACAUUCUAUGGCACGAGUGCGUUUCUCGGAUGCAGAGCCGACUACUGUGGUCACGACUUGACGCUAGCAUAUGUCUUCUACCACUUGAAUUUCAAUACGAUAAUUCUGGACUUGGGGCGUUAAGUGGAUAUAGCCGGCAAUGAUUUCAUUAAUAGGGCGUUGAAUAGCUCUGGCGCGGAUUUAUAGCCUUAAAUGGCCGACAUGAUGGCAAGGUUGCCUUUAUCUAUUUGAAACCUAUUCGACUUUCUUUAUGCUUUUGCGAAAUAAUCUAAAACUACAUAGCUUCGGAUUCGGUAUUGCUAUAGGUCACACCAACAGAGCC